CAUUCCUUCACCACUACACAACCAAAAAGAGAAACCAAAAAAAACAACACAAAAAUGGCAGUGGGAGAAGCGGCAGUGAUGGUCGAGCCGCAGCUGAAGAGCACCACCAUUAGCGACGGGAAGAGGGCAACGGCGACGAAACCCACGUUUUCGCCACCGGAUGUGUCAUUUUUGGCGACGGAGAAAAAGAGCAUUAGCGACGAAGGCGAGGGGCAGCGGCCGCGAGGGAGGGCGAGGAAGCUGAACGCGUACGACAGAAUCGCGGUGGGCGCCGUGGCCGGGACCCAUCUGAUGGCAAUGUGCGCGCCGUUUUGCUUCAGCUGGGGCGCGUUUUGGCUGGCGGCGGCGCUGUACGUGGUGACGGGGCUGUUUGGGAUUUGUUUCUCGUACCAUCGGAAUCUGGCCCACCAGAGCUUCAAGCUCCUCCCCAAAUGGCUCGAGUACUUGUUCGCUUACAUCGGCGCCCAUGCCCUUCAGGGGGAUCCAUUAACGUGGGUGAGCAACCACAGGUUUCACCAUCAAUACACUGACACAGAGAGAGAUCCACACAGCCCCAUUGAAGGGUUUUGGCACAGUCAUAUGAGCUGGAUCUUCGAUUCAGCCAUGGUUAGAGAGAAGUGUGGGAAACGAGACAACGUUGGGGACAUGAAAAGCCAGGCCUUCUACAGGUGGCUUCGUAGGACUUACGUCUUCCACCCACUGGGACUUGCCCUUAUCUUGUAUGCCCUUGGUGGACUGCCCUACAUCGUCUGGGGAAUUGGCGUGAGGGUAGUGGGGGUUUACCACGCUACGUGGUUUGUCAACUCAGCCGCUCACAUAUGGGGAUCUCGAGUUUGGAACACCGACGACUUGUCGAGAAACAACUGGUGGGUGGCAGUUUUGACAUUUGGAGAAGGUUGGCACAACAAUCACCAUGCGUUCAAGUACUCGGCAAGGCAAGGGCUGGAGUGGUGGCAGAUCGACAUGACUUGGUACGCAGUGAGGUUACUUCAAGCCAUGGGGUUGGCUUAUGACGUCAAGCUGCCGAGUAAGCUCCAAAUGCAGAAGCUGGCCAUGAAAGACCAAAACCAGUAGCUGAUGAACAACUACUUCAGCUUCUCAUAUAUAUAAACACACAGAAACACUUGUUCGAUCGUUUUACUUUCUUGGCUGUUCUCUUCUGCUCUCUCCUACCUUUUCAGUGGCACGUUUUGUAAUGGUAAUGCAUAAUGUAUGUGAAGAAAUAGUUUACCUUCAAUUCAAUAGCUCAAAGUUAUAGAAGCUAUGCGCAGGUCUGUCGUCGUUUCCUUUGGAUCUUGCAUGAACUGUAGCUGGUGUACUGUACUUGCUAAUCAGAUACUAUACAGCAAUAUUAUAGAUGGUCAACAAAAAUCCAGAAACAUAGGUAAAGUCUGCAAUUCUGCAUCGACGAAUUCCUUUGAAUGAAUCUCAGAGUACUAAGUCCCGGGAGCAGUCGUCUCCACAACCAGAAAACUCCCAACCGAUCAAGGGGGAUGGGCUCUCUUCUAGUUGAGAGCGUUGGAGACAGAGUAUAUGAAGUCCAAGAACCCUGUACCUUUGAGUAGCCCCUCACCCGUCAAGAGCUCGAAAUCCAACAGCAGCAAGAACCCUAUCACGGCUGCUUUCCCGUUUAUCGACUCGUUCCUGCUCGUGAAACCGAACCCUCCCACCUCAUCGUCGACCACCAUCCUCACCUCCUCGACAUUGACAUCACUUGAUGUGAAACCGGGUUGAGCUGUCCCACUGAAUACGAUCUCAGCAGAUGCAUCUGACGGUGCACCUCCGCUCAUCCCUAAGUAGAUGUUCUGUUCGUCCGUUUUAAGAGGGUAUACAUAGAGUGAUCUGAGAGCAGGUGUGAGGACUCUCAGCACAGGGUUGUUUGGAUACCAUUCUUUGAUCUCUCCAGUUCGAAGAUCGAACGUGCUAUCCGUUGUGGGGCAAACUAUACAACCAUCCUGAGGAAAAGCCAAAAACCAACAGCAAAUGUGAAAACUUUUUCAUGCUUAGAGUACCAAAAGUGAUCAAUCAUAAUGAAGCAGAGGCACACAAGAGAAUGCAAUGAGCAUCGAGCCCACUUCAAGAGAUAACUCAUUCGAAGAAAAACUUGAGAAUUGUAGAUACGAAGGGUUUCAUUUUCGCAACUUAUUCAGUUCCAACUGCAAUUCGAAGUUUAUGGGGGGAAAAGCUUCACACUUUCUACACGAGUUAGUGACUCACUUUAU